CCGGGUUUGUGCAAUUUGUGCUGUUUGUGUGUUUCUUUCUCCUCUGUGCACGGUGCUUACUUCACCGGGCUCCAACUCAAAGCCGAAUAAAUUAGCAGUUUCGUUGCAUCUAGUCCUAUUUUUUUUUUUUUAAAAAAAAAAAAGACGUGCAUGCAGACGCUUUUCCAUCAUGUUGUCUUUAUUAUUCUUCGUGGUUUUGGCCUCAGUGGCUCGGGCCAGUGAUGUGCUCGAGUUUACAGACGACGAUUUUGAGAGCAGAAUUGGAGACCACGACUUAGCUCUUGUUGAAUUCUUUGCACCCUGGUGUGGUCACUGUAAGAGACUUGCUCCAGAGUAUGAAGCUGCUGCAACCCGCCUGAAAGGAGUAGUCCCACUUGUCAAGGUGGACUGUACAGCCAACUCCAAUGUGUGCAGUAAGUAUGGUGUAAGUGGCUACCCAACCCUGAAGAUUUUCAGAAAUGGAGAGGAAUCUGGGGCCUAUGAUGGUCCAAGAACCGCAGAUGGGAUUGUGAGCCACCUUAAAAAGCAGGCAGGUCCAGCCUCAGUAGAGCUGAAAUCUGAAGGGGAAUUUGAAAAAUACAUUGGAGACCGUGAUGCCAGUGUUGUGGGAUUCUUUACUGAUGCUGGAAGUGCUGCCCAGGGCGAGUUCCUGAAGGCAGCCAGUGCUUUAAGGGAAUCGUACCGCUUUGCUCACACAAAUGUGGAUGCACUUCUGAAGAAGCAUAACAUCGAGGGGGAGGGCAUCGUCCUCUUCAGGCCACCUCAGCUCUCUAACAAAUUUGAAGACAGUAGUGUUCAGUAUGAUGAAGGGAAAUUCACAAACAGCAAUAUCAAGAAGUUUAUUCAAGACAACAUUUUUGGAAUGUGCCCUCACAUGACUGAUGACAACAAAGAUCAGCUGAAAGGCAAAGAUCUGUUGGUGGCCUAUUAUGAUGUGGACUAUGAGAAAAACCCCAAAGGUUCCAACUACUGGAGGAACAGGGUCAUGAAGGUGGCCAAAAGCUUCCUGGAUCAGGGCAAGAAGCUGAGCUUUGCAGUGGCCAAUAAAAACACCUUCAGCCAUGAUGUGUCCGAGUUUGGCCUGGAGUCCAGCAGUGGAGAGCUGCCUAUUGUUGCCAUACGAACUGCCAAGGGCGAUAAAUACGUCAUGCAGGAGGAGUUUACCCGUGACGGCAAGGCCUUGGAGAAAUUCCUUCAAGAUUACUUUGAUGGAAAUCUGAAGCGUUACUUGAAAUCUGAGCCCAUUCCUGAGAGCAACGAUGGCCCAGUCAAAGUCUUAGUGGCUGAGAACUUCGAUUCCAUUGUGAAUGACGAGAGCAAGGAUGUUCUCAUUGAGUUCUACGCCCCCUGGUGUGGUCACUGCAAAAGUCUUGAACCUAAAUACAAAGAACUUGGUGAGAAGGUCUCCAAUGAUCCCAACAUUGUGAUUGCAAAGAUGGAUGCCACUGCCAAUGACGUGCCCUCUCCAUAUGUCGUCACCGGGUUCCCCACUCUCUAUUUCUCACCAGCUGGGCAGAAACAGAGUCCGAAGAGAUAUGAGGGAGGUCGAGAAGUCAGUGACUUCAUUUCAUAUCUGAAGAGGGAGGCAUCUAACCCCUUGGUCGUAAAGGAGGACGACGAGAAGAAGUCGAAGAAGAAGAAGAAGUCCGAGUUAUAAAGCAUCAUACGACAAAACAGUCUGACAGGAAUCCUGUAGGGGAGCUAAAUUAUAUUCCAACUUUAGUGAACAACCGAAUAAUCUGAGAUGAUGUCGGCUCUCUCUUGGGCCAGCUGCUCUGGGGACACUGUAGAAAGUUGUCGUGGCCAGGCCUUUGUGUGAAUUUAAAUAAUCUUAAACUGGUACAGUGUGGUCAAAUUGAGAUUCACUUUCCCCAUGCUGUACCUCCAACAGAUGCACUUUGGUUUUGAAACCAAGUCCCCAUCACGUUUUCUUUCUCAUGGAAGGGGGUGGGGUUUUGGGGGUGGUUUGGGGGGUUGGUGAAUGAUUAGGACUUUUCCCUUUGCUUUUUUUGUACCAUAUCUUGUUUUUGUACAUUUGGAGAGAUUGUGAAAUAAAGGCCUACUAAACCAAA